GCAGCCGGGUUCCCCGCGGCCCAUUCGCCACCGGCACCGGCGGCCCCGGAGGCAGCGGCGGCCCCGGCAGCGCGGAGCUCGGCGGCCCCCCGAGGGCAGGGCCCGGCAGCGGCGGAGCCCCCUCCCCUGCGGCGAUGAAGGCCAGCCCCGGGGCCGCCGCCUCGGCGGGACCCGGACCGGCACCGGCAGCGGGAUCGGGUCCGGUCCCGGGAGCGGGGCCGUCGGGGGGAGCCGAUGCUCGCUGGAGGGAGAAGGGCGAAGCGGAGGCGGAGCGGCAGCGCACCCGGGAGCGGCUGGAGGCCACGCUGGCCGGGCUGGGCGAGCUGGACUACCUGAGGCAGAGGCAGGAGCUGCUGGUGAAGAGCCUCCUGCUGCGGCGACCCCCGGGGGCGCAGGGGGGCCGCGGGGAGCAGCAGCCGGGCGAGGGGCCGCCGCCGCGGAGCCUGGAGGAGAAGUUCCUGGAGGAGAACAUCCUCCUCCUGCGGCGGCAGCUGAACUGCUUGAGGAGGAGGGAUGCCGGCCUAUUAAAUCAGUUGCAAGAGCUAGAUAAGCAAAUAAGUGACCUCCGUCUGGACGUGGAAAAAACGACAGAUGAACACCUUGAGACAGACAGUCGUCCAAGUUCAGGGUUUUAUGAGCUGAGUGAUGGAGCUUCUGGAUCGCUCUCGAAUUCGUCUAACUCUGUCUUCAGUGAGUGUUUAUCCAGUUGCCAUUCUAGCACUUGCUUUUGCAGCCCUUUGGAGGCAACACUGAAUAUCUCAGAUGGACGCCCUAAAUCUGCAGAUCUCAUAGGCUGGAUGGAUUAUAAUAAGGAAGGCCAGCAUGAGGACCAGACCGCAGGCUCUGUCUGUCGCUCUUUGUCCACACCGCACUCAAAUUCCCUCGAUGUCGUUGCAGAUGUACAUCCAAAGUACCAGUGUGAUCUGGUGUCUAAAAACGGGAGUGACGUCUACCGGUACCCCAGCCCUCUCCAUGCGGUCGCUGUGCAGAGUCCCAUGUUUCUUCUCCCUGUGACUGAGAACCCCCAGCGAGAAGAGGAGAGACUUGGCUGCGAUAUUACCGACGUUUGCGCUGGAUCUGAAAUAGACUCAGGAAAAGCAGCCGAUGCCUUUCUCCCGCCGGGCUCCUGCCCUGCAUCGUGCCCGUCCGCCAGCAAGAGGAUAGACGGCUACAUCUUAAGCCUGGUGCAGAGAAAGACUCACUCUGUAAGGACUAACAAACCAAGGACAAGUCUCAACGCUGAUCCCACCAAAGGGAUCUUGCGACACGGCAGCAUGUGCGUCAGGCAGGCUGCUGGGGCAGUUUCGCACAGCAAUGUCGUGAACCUGAAGAGCACGAAGCAAGCGUGCUUGCCGCCCAGUGGGACGGCCGCUUUGGACAACGUGGUGUCCUCCCCGCUCAAGCAGAGGCCGAGGGAGGCGGGUGGUGAGCAGGUGGAGAGUAGAAAGGUGCCUUUGCCACCGGCUUUUCCACCCGGUGCGGCGAGUGAAGCCCAGAGCAAACAUCUGCUGCGGGGGGCCAAGCCAGCGCCUUCAGAGCUAAACCGGCACAUGGUGGCUACCACGGGGGAUGUUCCCAAGGAAAGCGGCCAGCUCUUCACGGUGUCUCCCAAAGAGAGCCCAGGGAAGCCGGUGGUGCUGCAGCCAGAGACCAGGGUCAGCCAGCCUCCCAAAAAGGUUCUGCUGAAGAGCAGCUUGCAGGUGGCUCACUCCUCCUCGCCUCCUGUGGAGGAGAGGCCCAUGCUGGAUUUCAAAAGCGAGGGCUCUUCUUCUCAAAGCCUUGACGAUGGGUUGCUGGUGAAUGCCCAGUACAUACCGGCCCAGCAGCAAAGCGUUAAGCUCCACAAAGGCACCCGAAACGUCAAGAUUUUGAAAAGCUCAGCGCUGAAACACAGGCCGCACCUCACCAAUGGGCUGGAAAAUGGCGCGCAGACAUUGCGGGAGAAAGGCAAGCCGGUCGGCAAGAAGUGCCGCUUCCCUGAGGAAUUGGAUACAAAUAAGAAACUGAAAAAGCCCUCCUCAAGGGGGAAGAGGAGCAGCAGCUUGCAGCCGGAGUCUGGCCUCCAGGGCAGGCCUGCCGGCCUCCAUAAAUCGGUAAUCAGAUCCCACGGACAUGGCCGGGAGGUUGUGGUGGCCAAGCCGAAACACAAGCGGGCCGACUACCGCCGGUGGAAGUCGUCGGCGGAGAUUUCCUACGAGGAGGCCCUGCGGAGGGCGAGGAGGAACCGGCGGGAUGGCGUAGGAGUCUACUCGCAAGUCCCCCUGCCGUAUGUCAGCCCCUACGCCUACGUAGCCAGCGACUCGGAGUACUCAGCGGAGUGUGAGUCUUUGUUCCACUCCACCGUGGUGGACACGAGCGAGGACGAGCAGAGCAACUACACGACGAACUGCUUCGGAGACAGCGAGUCCAGCCUGAGUGAGGUGGAGUUCGUCGGGGAGAGCACUACCACCAGUGACUCUGAUGAAAGUGGGGGCCUCAUUUGGUCUCAGUUUGUCCAGACGCUCCCUAUCCAGACGGUCACGGCUCCAGAGCUGCAUGAAAAUGCAGCAAAGGCCUUUGUCAAAAUCAAAGCCUCCCAUAACCUCAAGAAGAAAAUCCUGCGCUUUCGGUCAGGCUCCCUGAAGCUCAUGACGACCGUCUAGUGAAGGGACUUGGUGGAAUGUAUCUGCUUCUGCUUUCGGAAGCAAGGUGCUUUUGUGUACAUAUUUCCACAGAUUUUUUUUUUUAUACAAAUAUUUAAAACUUAAGGUAAAUUAUGUCACUUGUCUUCAGAACUUGGGUGGAUACUAGUGCCUUUUAAGUGGAAAUAAAAACCAUUACACUUGUUUAAAAAAAAACAAAACAUAACACUGCCAUUUCAGUGGUGAACAGCCUCCAGUGCAUAGUAUCAGAAGGCUUUGAAAAAAAAAGGCUAAUGUUUCCAGGAAUGGAUCUUCUUUGCCUAUUUUUUUUUUUCCAGUUCUGGGUCUUAUACAGGAUAUCAACAGCUUAAGGUCAUAAGGUUUUAGGGGGUGAGGGGGAGGGAGUAUGGGUGGUCUUCAUGUUUUUGCUUGUUCCCUUUCUGCUGCUCCUCUUGCCACAUCUUGAACUUGUUCCUCCUGAUAGUCCAGCCUGAUUUUUUUUUGUCUUUUUUUUUCUUGUUGAUUCUCUUCUUGAAGCUGGCCUCUGUCCCUCCCCAACCUUCUCCCAUGAGGAAAGGGCUCCUGUUAAAUCUAUCUCCAAGGUCAAGUUGCCUUCUCUGGAGUGCACUCUGCUCUGAUUUCCUGGGAGUCCCGGUGUGGACUGUGGUGGUGUUCAGAAUAAACUGUUGGAGCAGCUGACCAAGGCUUAGUAGCUUCAGUAUAUUGUGUAAAACUGCUUUUGAAAAAAAAAAACAUAUGCAUGUCACGUGCAUGAGUAUCAGUAGUUUUAAUAUUCCUGUUGAUGUCCAAUUUACUGUACAUCAUCAAUGGCUGUUUUUAUAUAUAUAUCAUUGUGUAAAUUAAUAUAACACAUCAUAUGCUGUAAUAAACAGUCUGUUUUAA